AUGGGAUCCACAAGUGAAGAUUACUUCGGACGAUUGACCAAACUUUGGGAUUCUAUGGCUGAAUGCUUAACUACCAAGUCAUUCAGCUGUGAAAAGUGUCAAUGCAAACUGGAGACAGCCCACGAAAUCGAAUGUGAUACUAUCUGUGUGCAUGAUUUCCUCUUCGGUCUUGACGAUGGCAUCCAUGGAUCAGUUCGAUCUCAAAUUUGCGCUCAAAUCCCGUUACUCGACCUCGAUACGGUUUACCAAACCAUAGUGCAGAACGAAAUGGUACGUCUCAUUACACGAGUUGAAAACACACCGGUGAUGACGUUUGCUGCACAAACUUCAUCACCAAAAACUCGAAACAACAACGGUGCUCAACGACCACACUCCUUCAACCCUGACGCUAAUACGACAUGCACCAGUUGCGGCAGGAAAGGACAUACGGGAAACUCUUGUUUCCGUGUCAUAGGUUUCCUUAAAUGGUGGGGAGAGCAACCUCGAAACAGAAUCAAUGUCAAAGGAGGACAUGAAAACAUGAAUUCUGGCGUAAGAAACUCCGGAGCAAGAGCCAACUCUACACAAGUUGUUGGUACUUCAAUGGAAAUCGGCGCUAACGUGGCGCUUACCGAAGCUGAUCGACAAGGAUUGAUUCGUUUCUCUGAUACACAGUGGUGGUGA